AUGAAGCUCCUCACCCUCGCAACGCUCUUGGCCUCUGCCACCGCUACCAUCGUCUACCCCUACGAAAGCUCUUCUUGCCGCGGCUCAAGCGUGGGCAGGAUCAGUGCAUGUGGAUGCACGAACAUGGGCGCCAACUAUGACAUCCGCGCCGUGAAACUCAACUUCCAACAGGCAACGGCCUCGUUCUACAAAGAGAAGAACUGUGUUGGCGUGAGGUUCUCCAAGGCCUCCGAUCAAUCGUGCGCGAAGCCACCUGUGGGAUGGGGCACAAUUGGGUCUCGCGGUUUGCAAGGAAUUCUCGCUGAUAUCACGCCUAGGAGAUACGACACAACGGUUUUUGAGCUGUGGGUGGACCAAAAUCGGGAGAUGGAGAUGAUUGCUGUGUGA